CUGUGGGCGGGACCCCCGUCCGCUUUGCUUGCUGCCCAGUGGUGGUCGGAGGCAGCAGAUCGAGGAGCCAUCAUGGCAGCGGCGUUCCGCAGAGGCUGCAGGGUCCUGAGAAGUGUUUCUCAUUUUGAGUGUCGAACACAACACACGAAAGCAGCUCUCAAGCAGGAGCCCGGAUUAGGGUUUAGUUUUGAGUUGACGGAACAGCAGAAAGAGUUUCAAGCAACUGCCCGGAAGUUUGCCAGAGAGGAGAUAAUCCCCGUCGCCCCGGAAUAUGACAAGAGUGGUGAAUACCCAUUCCCUCUCAUCAAAAGAGCCUGGGAACUUGGCUUGAUCAACACACACAUUCCAGAAAGUUGCGGUGGCCUUGGCCUGGGAACGUUCGAUGCUUGUUUAAUUACCGAAGAGUUGGCGUAUGGGUGUACAGGGGUGCAAACUGCUAUUGAAGCAAAUUCUUUGGGGCAAAUGCCUGUGAUUAUUGCUGGAAAUGAUCAACAAAAAAAGAAGUAUUUGGGGAGGAUGACCGAGCAGCCGAUGAUGUGUGCCUACUGCGUGACAGAGCCCUCCGCAGGUUCUGAUGUGGCAGGCAUUAAGACCAAAGCCGAGAAGAAGGGUGACGAAUAUGUAAUCAACGGCCAGAAGAUGUGGAUAACCAACGGGGGAAAGGCCAACUGGUAUUUCUUGUUGGCGCGUUCUAACCCAGACCCUAAAGUACCUGCUAGUAAAGCCUUUACCGGGUUCAUUGUGGAAGCUGACACCCCGGGAAUACAUAUUGGAAAAAAGGUAAACAGCGGGUUCCUUACAGUUAACCUCCAUACGUACGAUUCCAACUGUAAAUGGCAAGAAAUAAGCAAAAUAUUAACAAGCCACAGAAGAGGAAUGGAGUCUGAGCAACUACAGAAGCUCAGAAAAUUCUUCAUGCGCUGGUACAGCUGUCACCAAGGAGUUUCAUUUCUGCUCGCAGAAAUGGCGAUGAAAGUUGAACUCGCUAGGCUCAGUUACCAGAGGGCAGCCUGGGAGGUUGACUCCGGCCGCCGGAACACUUACUAUGCCUCGAUUGCAAAGGCCUUUGCUGGAGACAUUGCCAAUCAGCUAGCUACCGACGCUGUGCAGAUUUUCGGAGGCUAUGGAUUCAACACAGAGUACCCUGUGGAGAAGCUGAUGAGGGACGCCAAGAUCUAUCAGAUUUAUGAAGGUACUGCACAAAUUCAGAGGCUGAUCAUAGCUCGUGAGCACAUUGAAAAGUAUAAAAAUUAACAGAAAUUACUAUUGAACGAUGCAUCACUCUCAUGUAACUAAGCUCAAAACACUGUUGCUGCUUCAGGGGAAAAGGGCUUUACUGUCUUCCAAGGAAAUGAGAUAAAAGACAAGUGUAUGGAUCUGUACAGUGGAUUCCCAUGGCAGAGGUACCUCUCUUCAGUUCCAUGGUGACCCUUUCUAGAUAGGUUUGGUUUUUGGACAAUGAUUGGUCCUUAGCCCUGAAUUGUGUUAGUUUGCUCUUUGAUCACUUAAAAUGGAAAAACACCCUGGACUUUCAAUGUUCAUUCAAGUGACAAGAAAGGUGGCUUGUCAAGGAAGAACUCAGGAUUCUAACAUAAACACUGAGAAAUGUGGUAGAUUGGACCCGUCAGACUGUGAUGUAGCGGAAUUUCUGUGCUGAACUGUUAAUUUUAUAAUUUUGAUUAUAUUUGCUUUGUUUUGCACAAAAGAGUAAAAAGUUUAUAUUCAUAUUCUCCCAUUAUAAAACUAAAAUUUUUCUGGGAAUCUUAAUACUGAACCAGAAUUUUAUUUGUCUUGUUUAAAAUAAUUCAAUAAAGCUAACCUUAACUUA